AUGUCGUACGCUUUCCAAAGUCCCCAAGCCCAAGUCUCUUCGACCUUGCCUCGCAACAACGAUCCUUAUACCCACGAUCCGUACCCUACCGACGCACCACAGCACUACGCUCCCUACUCUUCUGCGCAUCCGGACCAGGAUCACUACCGCAACGACCUCGGCGACAGUCACGAUAGCGACCCUUCGCGUGGACUGCACAGACAAGGCCACGACGACGACUACAUCGAUCACUACGACGACACCACCCGCGCAGGCGCAGGUGAGAGUGACGAUCCCGACAUCAUGGCGUCCGAAAAGGCCAACUACGGCAGCCCGUACGCUUCCAAGCGUGCGAGCGGCAACUCGAUCUGGAACAAAGAGGAUAAACGCGCCUUCGCGUCACGAAGCUGCCCCGCCAAGCUGUGCAGGAUCAUCUUUGGCAACCUGAUUCUCAUCGUCAUCUUGAUCGUUUCGAUCAUCUGCCUGAUCGUCAUGUUCCUCCGCCCGCCCAACGUGGCCAUUUCCGGUGUAGGCGUACCGAAUCAGAACGGCGUCAGCUACCAGAACGGCGCCUUUGCGUUCAACGUCACGGUCGACAUCUCGGUGAGCAACCCCAACUCUAUCUCGGCCAACAUCAAGAAGCUCAAAGCGACGGCAUACGACUCGGCGGAUCAAUCGACAGCGCUCGGAAACGGUCUGGUGACCAAUCAAAAGAUUCAGCCCAACGCCAACACGACGGUUGUGUUCCCAUUCCAGAUCAAGUACGAUCAGAGCCAGGACUCGGAUUCGAGCAUCAUCCGCAACAUUGCGUCGGACUGCGGGAUCAACCUGUUCGGUGCGUCGAGCGGGUCGGGCGACUUGAGCUUCCUGUUCAAGAUCGAGGUGGACGUCGAGGUGCUCAGCAUCACGGUGCCUGUCCACAUCAACCGCAACAUUUCGUUCCCGUGCCCAUUGAGCCAAUCAAGCCUGCAGGGAAUUCUGAGUGGAAUCAGCAGCUCGUUUGGCGGCGGUGGAUCCGCUCGCCGAGCGCUUUCGGAAGGUGGUGAAAGCGAGGAGAGCCUGGCAGCAGCACUGGUGCGCAGGCAGAUGGACAAGACGGACGUCAUCGAUAUGGCUUCGUGGCAGCGCGAGAUAAGUCCUGUCGAGCUGGUGGCUGCGGCGGCGGAUGGACUUGUACGAAGAUACUCGCCUCGAUCAUUGGAUAGCAAGCGUUCGGUUGCUGAUGACCACGAUGCUCUGUAA